AUGUCAAGUUCGCAGGCGCCUGCUAUGGACACUAAUUUCACCAGUGUUCGUCCGGAGCGCAGUCCGGACCCAGACUGGUCCGUAGCUGACAGCACGGUGAAGGUGGUGCUCAUAUCUGUGAUUGUGUGCUUGUCCCUGUUUGGGAAUGUGGUCGUUCUGCUGGUGUUCCAGAGGAAGCCUCAGCUCCUUCAUGUUGCCAACCGAUUUGUCCUCAACCUCCUCUUGGCUGACCUUCUCCAGACCAUAUUAGUCAUGCCCUUUGCCAUAGCAGCUGCUGUGCCUGGUGUGUGGCCCCUGGAUGCUUGGCUGUGCCAGGCUCUGGUGGUGCCCAUGCACCUUUUUGCAUUCGCUGGCGUCAACACCAUCAUAGUCGUCUCGGUGGAUCGCUACCUGGCCAUUAUCCACCCUCUGUCUUAUCCAACCAGAAUGACCCCUCACUUAGGCACGAACCUUAUAGUCUUCACCUGGGUGCUAAGUUUCCUGCAGAGCACACCCCCUCUUUAUGGCUGGGGGGUGAUUGACUUUGACCGCCAUCAGAAGGUCUGCACAGUAGUGUGGUCCUCCAGUUGGUCCUACUCUGCUGUGGUGUCCACCUUUUCUUUCUGGCUGCCUGUGCUCAUCAUGCUCGGAUGUUACUGGAUGGUGUUCAGAGCAGCUCGGAGGCAGAACGCUCUUGUGCAUCCUAUACAGACACAAUCCUACUCCCAGCCCCACCCGCAGGACUUCCAAGGGCCCAUCAGUCCACAGGAGUCCUUACAGGUCAGUUUGCCUGAGGGUCCCUAUGCAUCCAGGCGACACCCUGUUCGAGUCAAACACAGACGUUUCCACUACCACUGCAAGGCCGCCCGUGUUGUUUUUGUCAUCAUGGCGUCAUACAUCUUCAGCAUGGGUCCUUACAGCAUUCUGAACACUGUAUCUAUUAGUCACAGGGCAGCUGUGCCCCCUUGGUUGUCCUCCCUUGCCCUUGUCCUCUUCUUUUUACAGUGCUGCCUACAUCCAUACAUUUACGGAUACAUGCAUCGCAGCGUGAGGAAAGAGUUUGUGGCUUUGCUCUACGGGCUGCUCUGUAAGCAGGGGCGUCCCCGCCAGAGCUCGGCCGUGGAGAGCUGCUUCACAACGACGGAGGGGCGGGCCGGUGCUCACCCUCACCUGCCCAGUCUGACGGCCCGAGUCUUCCCUCUGCAGACCUGGGAGGAGUGCACAACAUCCUCCUCUCCAACAUGUGAGAGGAAGUCAAGAGACAGCCGUAAAGAGACCACCUCCACCAGCGUCUGCUCGGAAAAAGAGCUUCUUCACAGCAAACAAAGCUCAUGAGCAG